UUAAUCACAGUGAAUUUAUCUGUGUUUUAUUCUUUCUGAUGUUAUUGCUAAAUUAAGUUCUGUUUGACAAAAUGUUGUAGCCAUUAGUUAGUUGAUUCUCAGAAUCAUGGAAUAUGCAACUUUGCAAGUGCCUACCUACUUUCUCCGUCAAAACUUUCUUCUUGUGAAUUGGCAGGAUGGACCUCCACCAUUUUCUUUGAAAGCAUUCCUCAACAGCAAAAUGAUGAUGGUGUUUGAACUUACUGCCAACCAGCAGUUCCAGGUUGUUCCAUUCUCCCGGUCUCCUUGGGCUAUAUACAUGACUUCUGCACAUGUCUGUUUGAUAACAGAUUUUUGCCUAGGUGGGGAGCUAUUUGCUUUGCUUGACAAACAGCCUAUGACAAUUUUCAAAGAGGAAGCUGCAAGCCAUGGUCACAAAAAUACCGUGCUCUAUGUCAAGUGGAAUCAAAAUGGUGACUGGGUGCUAACUGCCUCUAAGGAUCAAAUCACCACUGCUUUAGGAAGGGAUGAAUGA